UUGUUGUCCCCUCGCUUCCGCUCAUGUUGUACCGUGUGAGGCGAUACAUGUUCGGUUGAGCUUUGAAUGAGGGGCCAUCAUCCCGGUGGCUUAGAGGUGGAAAAUACAGUUUAAAGUAUCUCUGGGUGCAUUUAAAAUGAAGAAUGAGGCUUUUCCGACAGGAACCCGAAUAACUGUUCGCCGCCCUUUCAUCUCCGCGUUGGGCUUCUUUGGACUUGCUCCUUUGGCUCCCAUCGUUUUGUGCUCAUGAUAUGGCGUUUCCCCAGAGAUCUCAAGUCCCAUGUUUUAGUUCUGCAUAGAUAUAAAAUACAAAAAUACUAUAUAUAUACAGAAAAUUCCCUGCUGGAAACAACAACAACAACCCUUCACACUGUAGCCCCCUGCUUCUCCGCUUCUCGUAUCUCUUUAAAGCAGAAAGAGAAAACCUGCUUAACACACACACACACACGUCCAUACAUCCCUACACAAGCCACCAUGUCGUCCAUCCUUCCCUUCACUCCCCCGGUUGUCAAGCGCCUGUUGGGAUGGAAGAAGACCUCGACCGGGACGGGAGGAGCCGGAGGAGGCGUCGGAGGAGUAGGGGAGCAGAACGGUGGAGGACAAGAGGACAAGUGGUGUGAGAAAGCUGUGAAGAGCUUGGUGAAGAAGCUGAAGAAGACUGGGCAGCUGGACGAGCUGGAGAAGGCCAUCAGCACGCAGAACAGCAACACCAAGUGUGUGACCAUACCCAGUAAUUGCUCAGAUCUAUGGGGUCUAGGCUCAGGCCACACAAUAGAGCAAUGGAACUCCACAGGCAUGUUCGGAUACCAUGACCACAGCAGGUCACUGGACGGCCGCCUUCAAGUGUCCCACCGCAAGGGCCUGCCUCACGUCAUCUACUGCCGCCUGUGGAGAUGGCCCGACCUCCACAGCCACCACGAGCUGAGGGCCAUCGACUCGUGCCAGUUCGCCUUCAACCUCAAAAAGGAUGAAGUGUGCGUCAACCCCUACCAUUACCAGAGAGUGGAGACGCCUGUGCUGCCUCCAGUGUUGGUGCCACGCCACACAGAGAUUCUCACCGAGCUUCCUCCUCUAGACGACUUUACUAACUCCAUCCCUGAAAACACCAACUUCCCGGUCGGCAUCGACCCUCCUAAUAACUACAUUCCAGAGACUCCGCCGCCUGGAUACAUCAGUGAAGAUGGAGAAAACAGCGACCAGCAGAUGAAUCAGAGUAUGGAAUCAGGCUCACCUGCAGAAAUGUCACCUGGUGCUUUGUCACCUGUCAAUAACAGCCUGGACCUGCAGCCAGUGACCUACAGCGAACCAGCUUUCUGGUGCUCCAUAGCCUACUACGAGCUGAACCAGCGGGUCGGGGAGACGUUCCACGCCUCACAGCCGUCGCUCACAGUCGACGGCUUCACCGACCCCUCCAACUCUGAGCGCUUCUGCCUCGGCCUUCUCAGCAACGUAAACAGGAACGCCACCGUUGAAAUGACGAGGAGACACAUAGGUCGCGGUGUACGGUUGUAUUACAUUGGAGGGGAGGUGUUCGCAGAGUGCCUCAGCGACAGUGCCAUUUUUGUCCAGAGUCCCAACUGCAACCAGCGAUACGGCUGGCACCCUGCUACAGUCUGCAAGAUACCGCCAGGCUGUAAUCUUAAAAUAUUCAACAACCAGGAGUUUGCUGCACUGCUGGCCCAGUCAGUCAAUCAGGGAUUUGAGGCAGUCUACCAACUAACCAGGAUGUGCACCAUCAGAAUGAGCUUCGUCAAGGGCUGGGGAGCAGAGUACAGGCGUCAGACAGUAACCAGCACUCCCUGUUGGAUUGAGCUGCACCUCAAUGGCCCCCUCCAGUGGCUGGAUAAGGUGCUGACCCAGAUGGGUUCACCAUCAGUGCGCUGCUCCAGUAUGUCCUAAACGGGUUCCUGCUGCCAACGGCGCAGGGCCAAUCUGACACUUCACGACAUUCAAGCAGUAUUUCGCCAAAGGAAGACCUCUGUUCGGUCUCGAUCUGACGCAGCAGCGAUAUUAUCAUGAUGAGGGGUAGAAAAAAAAGGAUUUCCAUAGAUGGACCUGGAGGAUUGGAGAAUGGCAUCGCAGAUGGACAAUGGUGGAACGUUGACAGCAAAGUCACACGAUCACCUGUUGACUCCGUUGGAUUAAAAUUAGGAGGACAUUCUAGUAAUCAUGCACCUAAUAAUUGAAACCACCCUGCAAUAUCAAACUGACCAGAGUGACGUCGUCAUGGACCGUAUUUAAUGUUUUUGGUAUUAUACACAUGGCUCUGGGCCGCAAAGUGUCCCUCUCAGUUUUGUGACUCCGGCGGUUUCGGGGAUUGAGCGCGUGGCCUUCGAGUCACUCCGACCACUUGUCACCCACACCCCCUCCCUUUACUGCUUCACUACCUAUCUACCACAGCACAACGUUGAUUCAGCAUCAAGAUUUCUGUUUACACAAGGUUGACCAACGAUAGGACUGCCGCUCCGUGCCCGGACCGCUUUCUUUGUUUGUUUUUUGGUGACCAAUACCCACUUCUUCUGCAUUUCUCCUAAUCUGUACCGUGAUGCGUUGCAGACGUGACUAGGCUAGAGCAGGCGCUUCUCCUCUCUGGAAGGGGUGUGACCACACUACUACUACAGACCCCGUCUCCACAUGCACAGUUAAACACAGACAGCUCGGUGCACUUCUUGCGCCACUAAACGUUGCCAUUUUUUCCUCUGUUGAGUCGGUUGGUGUCGUUCAGCGGUUGGUUUGGGCGGAGAAGGUUUGAUGGCCACCACAGAUAGGUGGAAUUAGUCAUUUCCACAGGACGUGCCCCUCUGUUGGAUCUUCAAGCAACCAUUCCACUUGUUGUCCGACUGUAAUAAAGGCGUUCAACAUUAGCCACUUUCAACAGAUCGCCCCUCCUGCUUUUUGGGCCACAGAAAUGAUGCCCUGAUUCUGUCUGCCCCCCCUCCCACCUGCUUGUUCUUAUACUCUCUUUGAUUCUCUUCAUUCACUUUUUGCUAUUAUAUCUUACUGGUGAAGGUGAAUUGUAUGUUGGGCUUGGAGCUGUACUUUUAGGACUUGGCAUGAAUGCAGUUAACUAAUCUUUAUGUCGCCCCCUGCUGUCCAGAAAAUAUAUAUAUAUAUAUAAAUAUAAAUACACGUCACUUGCGAUUCAGACCGACGCAGACACGGCAUUGAUUAUAUGCUUGAUAUGAAGCACGGUUCCGCCGUUAUUUACACUUUGUUGAUAGGAAGAAAAGUCCAGCAGGGACUCAAAAUGGCUUCUGCGCUGUACUUGCACUGCCCCAAAUUAUGCACACUUGAUGUUGCCUUUGAUGUAAAAUACAGCAAGAUAUGCUUUGAAAUGUACAGAUGGAAAUGUUUAAAAGCCCAAUUGAAAUCAAGACAAAAGAUAUCUUCCAUAAUUUUAAAUGUUCACUAUAAAGAGUUUUUCUCCCGUACCUUGUCUGAAUUGGCUUAUUAAAGAGCAUUCAUUUGAUUUUCCCAUCUAAAAGCCAGAUGGUAGCUAUAUCAAAAUUGUUAGAAUUUAAGCUUUAAGUUUUUCACAAUCUAGUUGUACCACACAGCGACUAUUUCCUUUACACAUUGUUUAAGCCACAGUUUUCUAUUCUCAUGUAUUUUUUAUAUAUGAAUGUAUUUAAGAUCUUUAAACAUUUCUUCCCUUUUUAUUAGAAUUCAAUAUUUUUUUAGAAUAUGCCCUCCAUUGGAAGUGAACACAGUUUGAUGAUGAUAUGAAGUUUGUACCAAGGAUUGGUGAAUUCCCCACUUUCCAAAUGUAUGUCGGAAACCAUCCUAUCAUUUUUCAACAUUUUCUUCUAAACCUGAUUUGGCUCCUACAGCUGUAAACAUGAAAGCCAGUGAAUUUUGAAAUGCAUCUAUUGUAUUUGGUGAAAAAGGGUUGUUUCUUGCUUGGUUGGUUUUCUUUUUCAGCUUCAUGGGAUAUAUCCUCAUUAUUAUUAUAGUGCUGUCCCAAAGACUGAAUUCAUGCAGAUCCACACGUCACAAACAUGAUUGCUGAUGAAAACCUACCAGUUACUUUUCCAGUUGAGUUUCCUUUUAAGAAGUUUAAACUCCCCUACUUUCAUUGUGGGGUUUCAUUGGUUACUAAUUAUUAGAUUACAAUGAAGAUCUGUGUAAAACACAUACAAACUUCCAUUCAGACUUUUUAGAGCUAUUCGGAUGUAAUCCAGCAGUUGGGCUGCAGUAUUUCCCAUUAUCAAAGCAGUUGGUAUUUAUUUAAAAAGCUCUGACUUCAGAAGGUGAACUUGUGGAAUCGUGUCCUUGCAGGAGGACGCUCCAACAUGCAGCGUAAAAGUUGCUGCCAAAUGAAACCCUGUGUUUUGUUAUAUUAUUUUGAUUACUUAUGUAGGUUUCCGCACGUUUUAAUUGCAUCAAGCGUGUUCAUAUGCACACAUGAUUUUCCAUUCAAGGCCUCUUUAAGCGUCUUCCGUUGGCUCUAAAUAUGCACAGUGAGAGUAACCUCGCCUCCCUCUCUUGUUCUUAACUCGGUGCUCAGUCAUGCCGGUGUGCUUGUUAACACAUUAACAUUGUCUGUUUGAUCACUCACCACUGCACCGUGGGUGUGGGGGCGGGGUGUCUUCAGGCCUUCUCAAAGGUUGACUCCAUCAUACAGCGGAUGAGAAAAUAAAUCCAGGUGUUUGAUCAUAGGUGUUAUACGCGUCCUGCAGAAACGUAACAAGAUCGUCAAGAUCCAUCUUUAGAUAGCCACUUUAUGGAUGACACCCCCCCCCCCCCCCCCCGGCCCCUCCGCCAACACAGGAUGGGCUUUGUAGCACCAGGAGCGAGCUGAAGGAUCAACACAAACGCUCCGUGACAGCGAGGGUUUUAACACAGCAAAUCAUCAAGUAAACUGCUUUUUGGGAAGCCUGUUUUUCUUCGUUCAUAGAACAUUCACCUGGGUCCAAUGUGUACCACUUGUAAGCAGGCUGAUCAUGUGUACCUGUCUGCCCUGUCUUCUUACCGUAUUGUCUUUUGGUUUAUUAGGGGAAAAAGUUGACUUGACCUUGCCAGGAAUUGCAUAUGAAAUUAAAAUAUAGCGUUUCCUUUAAGGUUUUUUUGUAUCACUGCUCACCCACAUGUUUGUUCUAUGCAGUGGCAUCAAUUGUUCGGGCCAUGUGUUCAAACCCAUUUUCUGAUUGUUAGCUUUGCUGUUUUAUGCAUAUUGCCAGGGUCCAACAAAAGCCUUUGUAUCAAUGUAUUUUUAUUUUCUGUUCCUUUUUUAUGCGAGUGCCACCCAAUAUUAAUCAACCAGAUGUUUUUAACUUUCUUAGAAUUCUGUUUUGAGGACAGAAGAUGAGACCAAGUUAGGUUUGAUGUAGGCCACAUCGACACAUUUUGAGGGUUCACGUCACUUUUUUUACAGAUGCCAUUUAUUUCUUAUUGUGAUGACAAUUGUGUAUCCCCAAACAAGCCUCUUUCUGAUUAACUUUAGAGAAGGUUGCUUGUUGGAUAACGUGAAGUUCCUACAUGUCACUGGUGAUGUUAUGUGUAUAGUUGUACUUUUAUUUUACAGUACAUGCUGUUACUUUUUUUUCUUGCUAUCAACGGAGUGUAUUCCAUUAGACAAGAUGUUAGUGUUUCUGUCUUCUUCAAACAUUGAUGACAAUCUUACAGGCUUUCAGACUAGUCUUCAUAUACAAACGACUUCGUACAGUGUACACUAAUAAAGCUGUUUCAAUUCAACUGAA